AUGUUAUGGAACAGUUCAAUCCAGGUCUGAGGAAUUUAAUAAACCUUGGGAAGAACUAUGAAAAAGCUGUUAAUGCUAUGAUAGUGGCUGGAAGAGCAUAUUAUGAUAGCCUUGCCAAGAUUGGAGAUAUAUCAGCUGAUUCUCCAGUUUCUAAAGAACUAGGCCAAGUUCUUGUGGAAAUCUCAAGAACACACAAGAAACUUAAUGAUUGUCUAGAGGAAAGCUUCAAAAAAUUUCAUAAAGAAAUUAUAUCUGAACUGGAGAAGAAAACAGAACUGGAUGUUAAAUACAUGAAUGCAACUUUAAAGAGGUACCAAACUGAACACAGAAGCAAAUUAGAUUCUUUAGAAAAGUCCCAGGCUGAGCUAAAAAAAAUCAGAAGGAAAAGUCAAGGAGCACGAAAUGCCAUGAAGUACGAGCAUAAAGAGAUGGAGUAUGUGGAAACUGUGAGCUCUCGACAGAGUGAUAUUCAGAGAUUCAUUGCAGAAGGCUGCAGAGAAGCUCUCCUUGAAGAGAAAAGGAGAUUCUGUUUUCUGGUGGAUAAACACUGCAGUUUUACUCAGCACAUGAACUUCUAUCACGUUCAGUGUGCAGAAUUCCUCAACUCUAAGUUGCCUGGGUGGCAGGAAAUCUGUAGUGAUGCCACAAAAGUGCCUGAAAAAGUUAAAAUUAUGAUAGAUGAAAUAGCAACACCUGGUUCCACUCCAAUAUCAGGAACUCCACAGCCUUCACCAAUGAUAGAAAGAAAUACCAUGAUUGGAAAUAAUUUUUAUCCUCAACAAGAAAAUGCAUCAAAAGUGCCCCCUGCUCCUGCAGGCAGGGCAUACACUAGCCCGCUAGUUGAUAUGUUUAACAAUCCUGCUACAGUUUCAAAGGCAUCUUCUGAAAGACUAAACAGCUCAGCAGAGAACACAGAUGAUGCCAGUUUAUCACGUUCGACUUCUGUCGCCACAGGACUCAAUAUAAUGAAAAGACAAAAAGUAAAGACAAUCUUCCCACACACUGCAGGAAAUAACAAGACGCUCCUUAGCUUUGCACAGGGGGAUAUCAUCACCCUUCUUGUAGCUGAAGAAAAGGACGGCUGGCUUUACGGGGAACAUGACUCAACCAAAGUCAAAGGAUGGUUUCCAUCUUCAUAUACAAAACCACUCGAAGAGCCAGCGGAAGAAAAAGCAUUUGCCCCAGUGCCAAGCCCUGCACCGAUCAGAAGUGUCAGUUCUGUAAAUCUUGCAGAAAAAGCUGGGGUUGUCCUCCCACCACCAGACUAUGUGGGAGCCUCGCAAACAGGUUCAACGUCAGACAGGAGAAUGGAGCCUUCCAAAGUUACCGCUGCUAAAGCAUCAGCAGAAAGUGGGGGUGCUAAACCUGAUAUGAAUGGCAUUAUAAAACCACCUUUUCUAAGUGGAGAAAAUCCUUUUGCCACGGUGAAACUCAGACCAACCGUAACAAAUGACAGAUCAGCACCAAUUAUUCGAUGAAUAUAACUCAUAUGACUGCACCUCCUUCUUCUAAACAUCAUUUUCAAUAAGGAAACCUGCUAUCUAAAGUUGUUCUAAAAA